GUUGUCCGCUCUCUUUAGAAGCUUGCCCCACAGUUUACUUGGACAUCGCUCAGCGCAAAGCGACUGACUGCUAACAGAUAGGACCUUGAGGACCUAGUAAGCUGUCCAUUUUGUGUAGCGAUAAAACUCUCUUUAGCAAAACCUAAAAAGCAAUGUUCAUCUCGUGUAUUACGUAAAUAAGGCUUAACUGUUUUUUUUUCUUUCAACUGUACAAGUAAACAGUUCUCAGGGAUAAGUAUUGUAAUAUUUUUAAACCUCUUUGCCAACAGACAAACUCAUCUGGUGAUUGAAUGAGGCGAAAAGAAGAGGAGGGGUUAAUGAGGUUCUCUUAGGCUUCAAAAGACUGAAAGCAUCUGUAAGAUUGUGCGCAACCAAGUCUGGGGGACUGUGUUGAUAUAACUUGAUAACGACACUUAGCUAUCAUAACACUUAGACGGCUUGCUUUGAAAGUGAAGAUAACAUACUUAAGGCAAUGUUUUCACGUUCCGAGUAUUAUUUAAAGUUCACUAACUCACUCUGGAGUGGUUCCCCUUAAAAUUUCGUUGUGGAUCGGGAGAAAAACAAAAAUACAGCGACUUUGAAAUCAUCUCUAGAGAAAGCGCUCACUGGUGAAAAGCUAUUGGUUUUAUUCUAUCGGUCUGUGUCAUGUGCAUUGUCUUCAGCCUUGAGAGCGAGCUCUUUAACGCAUGAUGCGCUACAUGGAAGGAACGAACAAGAACAGAAUCAUGAGGGCGGUUUCGGUUUGGCAGGGUGUAAUCCUAAUUUUUCUGAUUUCGCCAGUCCUCGUGGUCACUCGCAAAGGAGUUUCCAUCUCAAGUUUUUCCAUAAGGCCCCCACUUUUAGAGAGAGACGAAUAUGAAACCACAUAUGCCUGUGAGGGCAGGCAUCUAAGAAUAUCAUGCACUAAUGGGAAACACAUACGACUCGUGAGGGCAAAUUAUGGAAGGUUUAGUGUUAGUAUAUGUAAUGACAAGGGAGUCGUUGAUUGGAGCGUCAGCUGCAUGUCCUAUUGGUCGUUUCCCAUCAUGAAAGACAGGUGCAGCCAUAAGUCCAGCUGCAGUAUUUACGUUUCUGGCAAUACAUUUGGAGACGACCCCUGCCCAGGAACAGUAAAAUAUUUGGAGGUUCAAUAUCACUGUGUAUCUCCUAACUCUCAUUCCGGGCCGAGCGCAACAGAAGGACCUGACGACAUUUUACCAGUCUUCACAGUCCCGAUGGUGCUGCCAUCUAACGACACACACGUUAGAGCACGAGAACAAGAUAUUAAACCAGAAAAGAAUCAUACGACGAACAAGGUAAAUAUUGUUUCUGGAAUUCGUGUACCUUCGGCGACGUUUAGCUCGACAUCUUCAAGUGUUAUUCAAACAUCGCCCACUGCAAGUACACCAACAACAUCACCAAUCCCCAUCACUAAGAGGAUCACAACGCAGAGUACAACCUAUCUGUUUCUACCUCCAUACCUGGAAAGCAAUGUUUUCGAAGACUACGGUGUUGAGAAUGGCUUAAAUGAGCCAUCAUCAGUGUUUACAUCUCCAAUACCGUUCACCCCUCAAAACAUGUGCCCACCCAUUUUCUCUAGAGAUAUGAACUGGAAUUGGACUCGUGCGGGAGAGACAGCCGUCCAGAAAUGUCCUGGCGGAGCCACUGGGUUAGCUCGAUGGAAAUGCAACGAUGAAACAGUCAGCUGGGAACCAGAAACGCCAAAUUUGAAUGAGUGUAAAUCUGUGUGGGUGGAUAAUCUAAGAGAACGGAUGCAAGGUGGAGACUCCAUUACGAGUAUUACGUCAGAGAUUGCCCUCAUGACGUUUAAUAAGGUGUUGUUCAGUAAAGAUGUUUCCCACGUGGUAACCAUUGUAAAACAGACACUGUCUCGAGCGGUGGACAGUAUGGAAAUAUUUCAAGACAUGUGGCAUCGUCGCCAGUUGUUAAAAGAACUUUUAGAGUCUAUUGUAGAAACGGUCAGCAACCUACUAAGUGACAGGCAAAAUUCGGCUUGGCAAGAUUUGACGUCAUCAGAACGUAGACAAGUGACGUCAGACCUCCUGCAAGGGUUAGAAGAAGGAGCCAUGUUGUUGUCGGAGUCACUAACGCAAGAAAGUAGCUUCCUGUUAACGAAAACAAAUGAAGAAAAUGUCACAAACCCACAAUGUGUGUUCUGGGAUAUAACAUUAAGAAAGUGGUCCAGAGAUGGAUGUUGGACAUUAAGUUCGAACUCUUCACAUACAACUUGUGCUUGUAACCACGUAACCAACUUUGCCUUGAUGAUGGAAGUGAAGCCCAUACAGUACCCCUCUGCCAAACAAUUUACCAAACAACUGGUGACGUCACUAGGCUGCGCCCUCUGUGUGAUAUUUCUUCUGAUAAGUACAGCGUGUCUCUAUAUUUUAGGGGGAUCUCAAACGGACCGAACUAUUAUCCACAAAAACCUUUGCCUGUGCCUCCUGGUGGCUGAACUGGUUUUUGCUGCAGGCGUUAACCAGACACAUCUUCAAACACUGUGUGGCCUAAUUGCAGGGUUACUUCAUUAUUUCUUUUUGGUGGUGUCUGUCUGGAUGUUUCUGGACGGAUUUCACUUGUACGUGCUAUUAAUGGAAGUUUACGACUCGGAAAAAACCCGAGCAAUUUGGUACUACGUCAUGGCUUACGGUGUACCAACAGUAAUUGUUGCAGUUUCAGCAGUAAUAGAUCCGCAGAGUUACGGAACAAACGAUUAUUGUUGGUUACGAUCUGAUAAUUACUUCAUCUUCAGCUUCGUUGGUCCAGCAGUGGGCACUUUAUUUGGUUCUACUGUGUUCCUGUGUAUAGCAACGUGUAUUAUGUGCCAUCAAACUGGUAUUCCUACUGUUGUGAAAGGAAAAGAAGAGGCAAUGGUGGCCAAAAUCAAGCUCUGGAUCCGAUGGGCAAUUGUCAUGUUAUGUUUAUUAAGCCUAACGUGGACGGCCGGCCUCCUUUACGUCAAUCAAGGAACAUAUUUUCUGGCUUACACUUUCAUGGCCUUGAACUGUAUCUUAGGACUGUUUGUUUUUAUUUUUUAUUGUUUACAUAAUGAACAUGUGAGAGAAGAUCUUUCGAAGUGUUUUCAGCAAUAUGAAUGGCUACCGAAAUGUUUGCUUCCCACUAAGCCUAAUGAACAGACAACUAGCGAGCUUCCAGGAAGGAUCACCAUGACAACUAACUUACCCUCAAGCCAACAGAGUGUCCCGCAGCCUCUCAGGAUCAUUCAAGCACAGAACUGUUUUACUUCCCCAAAGUUCACCAUGCAAAAUCACCUAUCUACAUCAAUAGCAAUCAACCAAGAAGAUGACAUACUCCAGGCACCUGGAGAGUCCACGAGGAGGAAAGGACACAGAACCACUUCACCGAACGUAUCGAGGACUAGCUCACCCGGUCGUUAUGGGUUUGUGGCCAAUCAGCAUCAGGACCAAAUGUUUCAGGUUGUUCCUCGUAACAAACAGUCAGCCUCUGGUUCCUACUCUGAUUCAUCUGGACUUUACAGUGUCUUUGCUGAUCAUAUCUACGAAUCCAUUGAAGAUGACAUUGUAGGACAUUUUAAUCAUCAGCCAUCCUUAACCAAACAGUUUCCUCCAGCAGAAAACUAUUAUGGCGAUCACUCUGACCUCAGCCAGCAUUCAUCCUCUAGUGGAUAUGACCAACGACCUCUACUGGUAACAUCAAUCUCAGAAAGAUCCCACACAGCAACCUCCUCCAAUAAGAUUGUGUACGGAAUAAGUCUUCCUCACGAUAACUAUUCCCUAGCUUCCACCCCCGAGUUGUCAAGACAACCAGAAGUGGAUAACAUCCAUAGCAAUUUUCGUACAAACGUGGAAUGUGUUACGGUUCCAAAUAUUUGCAUGUUUAACACAACUCCUCCAGAACAUAGCCAACAGUUCAACUUAGAUCUGCGCGAGAAAAAUAAUAAGAUGAAACAAAUGGACUGGGAACCAGAUCUUCCAGAUCUUCUUAGUUCGCCCCCAGACAAUGUUGUCAUGGCAGUUUUGGAUGGGGAGAAGGUUGUAAACCGUCUUCAUGCAGAAAUGGAUACUACCGAAGAUACAAGAAAUUCAGAUCUUCACAAACUUAGUACUUAUUGUUGAAAAAAAACAAAAAGAGUCGUUUCUAGUUUUUUUUUUUUUUUAUUAAACUAAUUUUUGUCACUAGUGGUGCUGUGUAUUAAACAUUGUAUUUUGUCAAGUACUCAAGAAAGAUUUACUUCGAGAUAAUUCAUGAUUGUUUUGUAUAUUUAGAAGAGGAAUCGAAGGAAGGUGUUAUUUCAGUAAAUAGUUAAUAAACCAAAAGACAGGCACACCAUGUGUCAGACAUUUGAAGUGUCCUAGUCUACACUACUAGUCCAUCCACGAAACAAAGAGGACUGAAUGGUUCACAGUUGUCAAAGCAGGAAACUAGAUAAGCACAGCGAGAGUUUGGGAAAUUUCGUGCACUUACCUAAUCAGGAUGUGAUACGUUUUUGUAAUUAGACCAAAACUGUAUUGUAUAUAUAUCAAUAUUUGCCCAAUAACAGACGACGUGGAACUCGAAAGACGCCAGAUGUGGCAUGAACAUCGUAACAUAAUAUUACUUAAUGACAAAUACAGUGAUUUACUGUUCAGCUGGUUAACACAGGCUGGUUUGAUAAUAUCUACCGGCUGAUUUAUCGUGUUAAUUGAAAUCCAUCUGAGGAUUUUAGAUCCUGUAAGAUUAGUAUAGCACUCCCUAUAUGCCAUACUGAUUACAAUGCUAACGGUGAUUCUGAUGACCGAUGUUGUGAUCCCUGAUGAUGAUCAGAUUUAGCACUUUUAGGUUUGGAGAUGCCGAAGAAGAAGUGUCAAGGAAGAAACCGGUUGAUUAUCUUCAGAUUCUAUCAAGAUAAACGGUAAAUCUUAAAAAUAUGACGAAGAAAUAAAUGUAUUUAAAUAAAUCCAGAACCCUUUAGUGAUAGUAACACCACAAGCUAAGCUACAUUGCUGUGGUGAUAUUUAAAGUUACAAAAUGUUGUGGACUCUCAAAAGAUAAUUUUGUUUUGAACCAAUGAGUAAAUAAUUUAGGCUUACGCUAAUGAUGAAGCUUGCCAAUAGGUGUACUUAUAACAGUUACGGAUAGCAGAAGUUUCUAUAUUCCACUUGUAACCCUGUCUUCGUAAAUAUCCUUAUGUUCCCGAAACGAAAACGUAACGACAACUAAGAAAAUUAGAGAAAAAAAAAGAUAAAUUAAUGUCAAAGAACAAAAUUGUGCUUUUGUCGUUAGCUAUCUGCAUUAUCAUUUGAUUAACAAACACCGUACGUUUCGGUUGCUUAUCCUUCUUAAGAUCCCCCGAAGUGAAGUCGGCAUCAGAUUAAUAGCCGAAACGUUGGAAAUAGUUUAACCAGUAAUUAUUACAUUAUUAAUAAUAAUUAACUAAAGUCGUACGUUUUGGCUGCUAAUAUGCUGCCACCUUCCGUUCCAGGAGUCAGAAGAAAAAUUAGAAGCUGAAUGAUGGGAAUAGUUAAUUAAUUAAUUAUUAUAUCAUAACCACAACUGACUUCCGAUCGCCACGAUCUUACCGUUAGUCCCUAAACGAAAUAUUCAUUCUAGAGUACUUGUUUCUAAAAACAAUCUUAGCAGUUCUGAAAGUCCUUCUAACGUUUUAAAGUUCUGCUUUUUCGAGGUAAAAAUAUCAUUAUGAAUGGAAAUAUUUUUACUUUUUUUUCAAGCAAUAUAAAUGGAAAUAUUUUACUUUUUUCAAGCAUUAUGAAUGGAAAUAUU